CAUACUGGUAUACUAAUAGGUAUUCACAAUUUGUAGAAUAAAGUUGAUUGACUGAGGAAGAAUGCCACAGGUAACGUCUAGAGGCAAGGGAGGAGGACGAGGCAAUGGAGGAGGACGAGGAAAGGGUCGAAGACGUUGGGCCAACAAUAGAGGUAAUCAAGGUGGUGCGAAAGGAAUAAAUAAAGAAAAACCAAUUGCAGAUCCUGUCAUUGAAAUAGAGGAGAAGGAUCUGCGACAACUGUUUACGAGUAAUUGUCAUCUAGACCAACAUUACAGUUGGCAGGAAAAGAAUCGACAGAAGUACCUGGCAACCCUUUUAGUCUUGAAACAAAAUGGAGCAGAAAUCAAAGAUGGGUCAAAAGUAAAAGCAUUGGCUGCUGGUUUUGCUCGCCACGACCAUGACCUUACGGACACAUUGCUAAAAACGAACGAUCUUUGUGGUGUUGUGGAAGUCCUAAAGGCUUUAACAAUUUUGGACUCUAAAAGAAAGCAGUUUGAACUGGAGAAAAAAAUUGAAAAACUAAUGGAAAAUAAGGAGAAGAAUGCCAAAACAAUAAGAAAACUGAAGUCUAAUAUGGAUAGCGCGCAAGCGUUAAGGCCCACUGUUGGUUCCGUGAGUGGCGCACUUUGUCGUCACAUCCAACGCUGGGUCAGGACAUUGUCAACAUCUAAAUUAGAGUUCUAUGCUCUUUAUUUUCCAAAGGAUAAAUGGAGGAAGCUCGCUGACAUCUGUCAUUUAAAUCCUGAACGGGAUUUUCCAGAAUGCACCUGGUUUCUUCCGUACUGCUUUGGUGCACCAGCCCCCGAGGGUUCAGUGGUCAGUGCUUGCACCGAAUUGAACAAAGCGAAUGUUAAUGAGCUACUGCAAAAUGUUAAGAUUCCAUUUGCUCACUUGAAGGAAUUUAAAAACACACUCACCACAGACAGCAAAAUAACAAUUGCGAAGUACACAAGUCUGGACACCAUAUUGUGGAAUUACGAAGACCUUGCAUGUCCUGGUGUUAACAAUAUCAUCUUAGAAUAUCUGGAGAAAGAGCAAACCGUUGGAUUACCAUAUGGAAAAUUGAUGGAGCGACUUCUGAUGUUGAAAUUACGCAUGAAGCAAGGUGAAAGUGUUUGCUUCUUUAAAAAACUUAUUCCAAUUGCUGAAGUUCAUCUGAAGAAGAUAGAAGUUCCACUUCAAGCUCCAGUUGUGGUCAUAGGUGAUAUGUCGCCCUCUAUGGGUGUGGCUAUCAGAGUUAGUACCAUUAUUGCUAGCUUAUUCGCAGUGUUGACCAAAGCUAAGCUGGUUUUCUUUCACCAAAUAAACUACACACCACCAUCUGUUCCAAAAACAACAAAUGAGGUUUUGGAAUUGGCAACGACACUUCAAACCACAGGUAGCACUUGCCCUGCAUCAAGCCUCUGGCGAUUUUACAAAAAUAAAGAAGUUGUUAAGACCUUCGUCGUGGUAACUGACGAAGAGGAAAAUACAAACUACAAGGGGUAUUCUUUCACAGAGUUAUUUAAGUUGUAUUAUAAGGAAGUGAACAAGGCUCGACUGGUGUUUGUUUCCUUUCUUCGUAGUCAGCAUGUAACUGGUGAAAUGGUCUCAAAGCUUCAAGCUGAAGGCAUUGAAGUGAUGCAGUUUAAGCUAGACUCUCAGCGGCCAGAUCUAAACAAACUGGAUAAUCUUCUAGGCCUCCUGUCUGUCGAAUCUGCAGCCUUUGACGUACAAGUUGAUUCUGUUGAAUCUGAUAUUUGUGAGCAAGGACUUCAAAAAACUAUUCAAAAUCUGAAGCUAUAGGAAACCAUAUUUUUACAUUAACAAACUUUAUUUAAUUCCAAGUCAAAAAAUGUUUCUCAUCCCCUCCUGCUUUUUUAAAGGCAUUGUUCCUCAUGCCUGGAACUUAGCUAAAAUUAUCCCCAUUUUUAAAUCUGGUAAAAAAUUUAUACUGUGUUCACUUGCGUUCAUCUGUCGUUUUGUUUCUCUCUGGGUCUCACCGCCUUCAUAUUGUAUUCCUUUUGUAUAUCAACCUUCACCAAUUUAAAUAUCUUGUGAACCGGUUUCUUUAAAUUCGUAACACCUUACCUUGAGUGGCUUCAUUAGCCUUGUUUGGGGUGAUUGUUAAUAAAACAUAAACCAUGAAUGGUCUAUGUCAUUACAUGCUGCCAAAACCCCAGUCAUUGAUGCCAUCUUUCUUGACUUGGAGGAAGCUUUCAACCGAGUUAGCCAUUCUAAGCUUUUUUCUAUACUACAUAAUUUCGCUUUGUGUGGGCCUUUACUGCAAUGAAUCUCAUUUUUUCUUUCAUUUGGCAACAGAGGGUUCUUUUACAUGGCGAGACAUCUAGAUGGACUCAAGUUGAUUCUGGAGUUCCACAAGGGUCUAUUUUUGGCCCUCUUCUUUUUAACACUUUCGUUUUUAAUCUUCCGACGGUUGUUACAUCUAAAAUACGGCAGUGUACGGAUGAUGUUUACAAAAAUCUUAAUAUUACAAACUUAUGCAAUGAAAACAUGAUGCAACCUAAUGCCAAAAAAUGCAAUUAAAAAUGUAUUUCUAAUUUAUAUUUUAUUAAUUCUGUUGAAAUACAAUCAGUUUCAACCCACAAAUAUCUUGGUAUUCACUUUUCUCAUUAUCUAUCUUGGUCCAACCAUGUCUCUGAUGUUUCUAACUAAUCACUUCAAAUUCUUGGUUUUAUCAAACGUUUUGUUACAUUAUACUUUUAUCCUUUAUUUAAUGGUUUGUUUAAACCUAUUAUAGAAUAUGCUGCACCCGUCUGGGUUCCUUACCAGAAGCAGCAUGUUACUGCUAUUAAUAAACCUUUGCGGAGGGUCGCUGAACCCCUGGAAUUUGAGCAACAGCUUCAGCAGUUUCGGUUACCAACAACGGAACAAAGUACUUUAGUGUUUUAUAUAUUGUUAAGAGUUUUUCUUUUCUUUAUAAAAUUGAUUUUAAUAUUUAUGCUUUUAUCAAUUUAAACUGUAGGUACAGUGUAAAGAUUCCAUGGUAUUUAAAUAUAAAUUUGCCAGAACAAAUUCAUUUUUUUAGAUAGAAUUCAAAGAGAUUUUUUCAAUAGAAUUUUUAUUCAAUAGAAUUUUUAUUCAUUGUGAUUUAGGUGUUGUAAUUGAUUGUAAAAAUACGUUUGUUAAGCUUAUUGAUUAUGUAAUUUAUAAGUGUAACAGAAUUAUUGGGUUUGUUUAGAGACAUUUCAGGGACAUUAAAAGCCGUGGUGCCAUUAUUAGUUUUUAACAUAAUUUAAUUACUUUCAAUUCUGAAUAUCGUAGUGUUAUCUUUAGUUCUACUUCUGAUUCUCAGUUUGUUGCGAUAGAAUUUAUUUUAAGUUUUGCAGGUUUUCUUGUUAAAUCUUUGGCUACCCUUGUCCUUUAAUUUCUGCUAGAAAAAGGUUGUUAUUACAUGAUAUGGUGUUUAUUAUACCCUAAAUGUGUUAAUUCGUCUUUUAUCUGUGAUCUUGUUCAAUUGUUUGGUCUUCUUGUUAAUUCUAGUUAAUUGCGUUCUUGUCCUGUUUUCAAUGUCCCUUUUAAUAGAGUUGAUGUUUGUAAAGGUUGUUUUCUUUCUAGGAUUCCAAUACAAUUUAAUUCCAUUUCUUCUACAAAUGAUAUUGACAUUUUUUAUAAGUCAACAUUUCCGACACUUAUACUUUGCAACUUAUAAACAUUUUCUUUUAUUGUUUAAUAUUUAUGUAUUAUAUGACUCGCUGUUGGAUUAGAAGAAGUAAAUAAAUUAAAAAAUAUUUAUUCUCUAUAAAUUUCAUUGUUUAUGGGAACGAAUUCCAACUAAGGUUCAAGAGUCCUAAUUUAAACUAGUCACAGAGAAUCACAAAGCUCUGUACCUAAGCGGAAUUUAAGCAGCGACUUCAGCAAUAGCAGUUGCCAACAGUGGAACAGAGAUUGAAGUACCUUUGUAUUUUAUUUAUUUUCAAGAGUUUUUAAUGAAAUUGAUUUUAAUAUUCAUGAUUUUAUAAAUUUUAAGUCUAGAUAUAAUGAUUCUGUUGUGUUUAAAUAUUAGUUUGUAAAAAUUCAUUUAAUUAUUCCAAUUUUGUAAAUUUUCUUUGUUUAUUGGAAUAAGUUACAAUUUAAGGUAGAGACCAAAUCUUAACUAGUCGAAGAAGAUUUAGUACAACACUUCUUAGUACUUUCUUUCAUUCAUGCAAUUCUAAAUGUUUAAUUGUUAGAUUUUAAUUGUUUUAAUUAAAUGUUAAAAAUCAGUUCCUUUACACUUAUUUACACUUAGUGUUUUACACUUUUAGAAAUACCCAGUGUACCGUUACUUUUUAGCUAGAGCUUUCGUUUUGUCUUCCAUGUUUCUUCGUUUGUGUGAUUUUCUUAGCUGGGAAUUGGAAUAAAAUUAAAUAAAAAUGCAGCCUA